ACAUAUCAUGUCAAACUAUUCGUGAUAUUAACUUACUUAAGUUUUCAUUAUUUUCAUUUGACAAAAGUACGUCUUUCAGAAUGCAGUUUUUCAGCACAAAUAUAGUUAUCCUGUUAGUUGCUUUUUUAUCUGUGACAAGGUCCACGGACUGUGAUGGACUAACGAACUGCAUGAGCAAUUUAGGAGCUCAUAUCAAAGAAGCUGUAAUAGACCUUAAGAAAUUUAACAAAGAAAAUUUGGAAAAAUUUUAUACCGUCGUUUGUAGAGAUAUUGAGGACCUAGUGAAGUGUUACAAACCAGAAUACAUGGCCGGUUGUUCAGCUCUACAGAACUUUGUACAAUUCGUACCGUCCCAGCACACUCUUAGGAAGCAGUUUAUAGAAAUGUGUUCAGAAAAAGAAGAAAUGGUAUUAGCAGUUGAAUGUUUUAUCCAGAAAGGAGUAGCAGUUGGUUUACAUCAAUGCACUGUUGCAAUGAUCAGUGAUUUGCACGUGUCAGGAGGUGACUCAGAAUACAAAGGAACACCAUGCUCGGCUUUAUCUUCGUACAACUCGUGUUCUGCCGAGCUAAUAAAGGGAAAGUGUAAGACGGAAACUACCAAUUUUGUGACGACAGCUUCAGAGAACCAUUAUAAUGCCAUGUGUUCAGCUUCUAUGAAACUAUCAAAUAAUUUCUUUCUUAGUCUAAUAUUUAUUUUGUUACGAAUAUUUUCUAUUUUAUAAAUAUUGUUAUAUCU